AUGUUCCUCAACUUGCUGACCUUUGGACUGUGGGGAAAGCUCGGAAAGCUUACCCACUACGCAUUCGAUGCGGUUCUCAUCUCCGCCUUUCUGGCCGGCAUGAAACGAUCGACCGGCUUAACAUUUGCUAGGGCCAGUUUCAAGACCGACAAAGCCUCUGGCGAGAACAAGGACAUGAACAAAUGGAUCGACAAGUACCUCGGCGUUGGCGAAUGGGUCAUGGACCAGUCUGUUGCGCUGGCCGGCUCAAGCAGCUGGUUUGAGCGGACACGAUGA